GACCAAAUGGCUCGCAAUCCAUCUGCUAUUGAUAUGUUUAUUACAGGUACAUCCUACUUGGAAUGGUUUACAUCCUAUGUACACAAAGUUGUAACUGGUGGUUAUCCUAUCAUCAGAGACCAGAUUUUCAGGUAUGUGCAUGAUAAAGAAUGUGUUGCUACCACAGGAGAUAUUACUGUGUCUGUGUCCACAUCUUUUCUACCUGAACUCAGUUCUGUACAUCCACCGCAUUAUUUCUUCACUUACAGAAUCAGAAUUGAAAUGUCCAAAGAUGCUCUUCCUGAGAAGGCUUGUCAGCUGGACAGUCGAUACUGGAGAAUAACAAAUGCCAAAGGUGACGUAGAAGAAGUGCAAGGUCCUGGAGUAGUUGGGGAGUUUCCAAUUAUCAGUCCAGGGAGAGUCUAUGAAUAUACCAGUUGUACUACGUUUUCCACAACAUCUGGAUAUAUGGAGGGGUAUUACACCUUCCAUUGCCUCUACUACAAGGAAAAAUUCUUUAACGUCACAAUUCCCAGAUUUCACAUGGUGUGUCCAACAUUCAAGGUGUCUACAGCACGAAUGGAAACAAAUCAUAAUGAAUAUGCAGUAGAUGAAGAUGAAGAUUCCACAGACACUGAUGAAUAUGAAGAUCGACGUAGAGUGUUGGACAUUCCUGCACCUUCUGGACGCUGUCCACGUCAUACCUGAUGGGAUUUUUUUCAAAAAAAACUGUUUUCAGAAGCUGAACUCUUUGGGGCUAAUGCAUAAGGAUGUUUCUGACUAUUGUGAAUGAACUUUCUGUUGCACAUCAGGGCAACUAGCAUGAAUGUUGGUGCCAGUUCUAAUAUUCAUCAGAGUAUAACUUUCUUUUUCCUGGUUUGGAAAUGGGGCUGGGGGGGUUGGGAUGGGGGAGAGGGAGAGGAAGAACAAGGUGUUUGGGCUUUUUUCACUUUUUUCUGAAGUGCGAAACAGCUUGAUAGUUCAAGGUAAUCAUAUCUUAUGUUCUUAAACUAUUGCCUAUUUAUGGUCAUACUGCAAGUACGGUGUAGGGAUUUGUUUCUAUACAAGCAUUUAAAAUUAGCAAUAGACAAGAUGGCAAAAAAAAGGUG